AUCUCUAUGUUAGCCAGUAGCAAAAAACAAAUCAGUGACGCAAAAACACUAUUUGCCAAAAAUUAAAUGUUUGAGAAUUCACCAUGUCUGUCAAUAACAAAAAUAAACAGAGCAGCAAUGUAGCACAUCUACGUAUUUUGAGCGAUGAGGACCGCGAUAAGGUGAUCGGAAAUCCGCGUGUGCCAAAUGCAGUUAUUCCUGGCAUAAAGCAACCUGCCCAGGAUCGUCUCAAGCGCUUGCAAACAAAUUUGAAGAAGUUGCAGGAUAAAAAACCCAUUAAGGAAAAAGAGAAGGACAGCAAGCGGACCACGCGGUGCCUCACAACACCAAGCAACACUCAAAUUAGUGCUACAAAUUCAACUUCCAGCUCUCGGGGAAUUUUUAUUAUUGAUGCAACUCCGCCGCGGAAAUCCGUGGGGGACCGCCUAAAGCUCCAGGCCAAGAAGGUCGAAGUCAAUAAUCGGCCAACCACUCGCUACCCCACCGUAUCGAGCUGCACACAAACUAGUCCUUCAAUUUCAACUUCCAACACUCGUGGAAAUUUCAUUGUUGGUACAUCGCCGCCGAAAAAAUUCCUGGGAUUGAGCCCAAAGAUUCACAAGGAAGUAAAUAGUCGUUCAACCAUAAAUGCCUGGGAGAAGCCAAAGGCUCUGCUUGAUGCCAGCAACCGCUUGAAGGAGGGAACCUCCCAAAGUGCUAAUCAGCGUCUAUCGCAGUUGAGAAACUCCCUGCAGCAGGCCCAGGAGCUCAACAACAAUGAUAUGGCUAAAAGUAGUGAAGUGGGUAUAAAAAAGAUAGUUGCUAGCUCCAGUGCUAGCGCAAAAGAUCCAGAGCCCAUGGAAUGGGAGGCAUCCAUUGAUGUUGAGCCUCUGGCUAAUAAGGAAGAAGUCAUUCUCCUCAUGCGCCAAGCAUCUGACGGCGAGGAGUUGCCCAAUCGGCUUUUUGAUCACAUGUACUUCGUGUUGGACACAAACGUCCUGAUGCACAAUAUUAAAUUCGUAGAGAGCCUCUCCGAGGUGGUGUUGCCAGGUACUGUGGGUAGCAUGUUGUACAUUCCUUACAUAGUCAUCAAGGAACUGGACAAGUUAAAGAGUCAACACCACGAGGACGAUACAAAGCGUCUCAUUGCGGUGCGUGCCAUACGCUAUUUAAACAAAAAGUUCGACGAGAGCCUGGAAAUACAAGCACAAUCGGCUGUGGAGGAGGCAGAUCACCAAAUCGAAGUCGACUGUCCAGAUGAUAGCAUUGUCAACUGCUGCCUACAGCUGCGCGAUCAAGUGCCAAACAUGUUGCUCGUCACAAACGAUGCCAAUCUACGUCUUAAGGCCAAUGCCUCGGCCAUCCCGGUCUCUUGUUACUCCGAUAUCAAGGCCGAUUAUCCCGAUGAGUUUGCUGCCAUAGGCGAUUAACUCCCUCGGAUCCAUCUAGUUUUUAUACUAUAGUAUACGAAAGACUGUGAUGCGUCUGUGAUAUGGAAUCCAGAAGCAGAAGAAGGGAUCCACCAAGUCAUGCCACUGCACCGCAGCAUACACGAAGUACAAUCAAUAAUUUACACUCAUUGCAUCACUUUUAGAAAGGCCACCGGCGAUGUUCACAGAAGUCUCAAGCUCCUCAUUUAAGAUAUUACUGCCUUUUUGCUACCAGCAAAUAAAGUUUUUGUUUUUUUUUAUUUUGGA